UGGACACACACCCCAAUUAUUUCGCCUUUCUUUCCGGUGGCACCCACACCCCUUUGUUCUUUCCCAAUCACAGCUGCACACACCAUUGACACCAACACAGAAUUCAACUUGUGUGCGCCUCGCUUUCAAAAACCCCCUCAAAAAAAUCUCAAAUUUAUUCAUUUUCUUUUACCACAUUUAGUUUUUUAUCAUAAUAUUUAGACCAGUGAGCGUAACGCAUAAACGCGGCCCCUUUCUCGCUUCUACUUCACUCCCUCUCUCUCUCUAAAAAAACCGACCUUUUUUCGUAAUAUAUGUGUGAAGAGAAGGGGACAUAAAAAAAUUGAUGUAACUAGUAGAAAUCUGUUCAAUCUGCCGAAAAAGAGAAAUAAUUUAAUUUUUAAGUGUUCAGGAUUUUUUUGUUUAUUUUUGUCUUUUAUAGAGAUGGGUUCGUGUGCUUCGGUGCACAAAGGCACGGCGUCGGCCGUGAAGGUCCAGUUUUCGAUCGAGUCGAAGGAUGGGAAGGUUUUGGCCCCGUCGCCGGUCAAAGAGCGGGCAGAUUUGGUCAACGGUGGCGAUCGUACGGCGGUGGAUGUAGCAAUAGCACCCAAGCUUCAGUUGUCGCCGGCUCGAUUUGUUCACGCAGGCAGAAAAGAUGAAGCCUUCUUUGAUUCUCAACCAUGGUUAGAGUCGGAUUGUGAGGAUGAUUUCUUUAGCGUUAACGGUGACAAGAAGAAGAGGCUCUCCGAGCUCUUCAACGAGUCCCCUGACAAGGAAACUGCAUCAUUACCCAACAGCAGCCACCAAAACGGGCCCCAUGAGCCAACAGGCUUAGCACGAAGGCCCAAAUCAUCGAGCGGGACUCCUUACUUCUCCAGGUCCAACUCUAGGGCGAGCAGCGAGAGAACCCCCUCCAACUUUGGUGGGCCCACUGAGAAAGAAGAAGACAAGGCGACGCAGUGUUGUCUCCCGAAGCUGAUUUCGAGCCGUAGCUUUAGUGAGAGGAGGAAGAAAGCCACGAGCCCGGUUGGGAAAGUCGGAUGA